AAAAAAAUUUUGAAUAUUCAAUGUUGUAUCAAAUACUUGAUACGAAGUUGAAGAAUCCCGAUCUCUGCGAUGAAUUAACAGAAGAAAAAUAUUACUGGUAUCUGUUACAAGUGGAAAAAUUAUAUGAAAGAAAAGGUGAUAUGUGGACUAAAAAAGAUUAUGAAAAAGCUAACGAGUUAGUAAAAAAAUACACAGAAAAUAAUGAAACAAGACACCUUAGACACCGGAAAAAAGAUGAUAAUGAACUAAGAAGUAUAUAUCUAAAAUUACCAUAUGAAAUUAAAAAAGAUCAAAAAGAAAUUUUUGAAAAUGUAAACGAAUUGUGGAAUAGAAGUAUCAAUGAAGCCAAAGAAUCUCGAUUAGAAAUUCCGGAUUCAUUAAAAAAUGAUAUACAAUACGAAUCACUCGACAGAAAAACUUUUUUAAAAUUAGCUGAUACAAGCA